AUGGCAAAUGCAGCAGCAGCAGUGCCUGUCGGCGCUGCAGCAGCAACACAGGAUGAACAGAAACCACACCGCUCACUACGCGGCAGCAGCAGCAGCAGCAACAGCAGCAACAACAGCAACAGCAGCAGCAGCAACAGCGUCCAAGGAUACAGAGUGCAAGACCAGCGGUACGUGAACCAGCAGCUACACUACCCUGGCCCGAGCUUCCAAAGCAGCAGCAGCAGCAGCAACAACAACAAGAGCAGCAGAAGCAGCAGCAGCAGCAGCAGCUCACCUGAGCUGGCCUUUAGCUCUGCCUGCCAGACAGCAAUUUGCUGCGCCUCGCUUUCGUUAAAGAGAUGCCUAAAAG